CCAAACAGUUGCAGCUCGAGCAUCGGCUCCUUUGCGUCAGUUAAUCGUCGUGGUUCGAUCCUGCCGGAGUGGUUCAUCCUCCUGUUGAAAGCGGAAAGGAAAACAAAAUGAAGGAAUUCUAAGCCUGGGGAAACGGACGGGGAAGCACGGAACGUGGAACGUUGGGGACAGUGACAAAGUUUUGUGUAUUGUUUUUAGUUUUGCAGACCCCCACAAGUAGGCAGUUUGCGCUGCGGUUCGAGGACAACCACCGAAUCGAUUCUCGAAUAUAGAAAAAAAAAAAAAGCGAACGUUUGGCCUACUUCGUGAGCGGAAUGUGCGGUAGUAGAACAGUGUUGAUGGGGCCCGGUUCGGUCGUUACGGUCGACCCCUCGAUCCGGUUUAACGAUUGGUCACUUUGGCAGGAAGGGUCCUUGACUCGUGCUACAAUUCUGACGCAGUGAACAAGAAAACGAGAAAAAAAAAGUACGGCAUUAUUUUUCCUCAUUUGCUCUGUGCGAGAGAGAGAGAGAAGAUCGGUUCGGUUUCGGUGACGGGGGCAGCAGAGGACGAGUGGGAAAGGAGGAUAUUAAUAAAAGAAAAAUAACGGUGUUCACACAUGUGAUAAGAGAAAAUGGAAAAUGCAUUCUAGGCUCGAGCAGUAGCAGCAUUGGCAGCGAUGGCCGGAGGAAGCUGAAGAAGGCAAAAUGAGCCAGUGUUGCGGUGUGUAUGGAUGUUGUGUCAUUUUGUGAAUGAAAAUCGAUAUCACUGUGUGUAGAGUAUCCGCCAGCGGGUACAUAGACAGACCGACCGACCGACAGACAGAAGACAGAGGCCGCGCGUUGAGUUCAGCAAUCUCCCGGGGCAAAGCCUACUACUGAUGAGAAUGAUGUUGCUGCUGUGGCCGAUGUUGUCCGACAGGGUGAUGGAUAUAAUAAAAUUUGAAGCCUGCUUCGAUUGGAUUCAAAUUCAAGUGACGGCCUAGAGAAGCACAUCGGGGAUAAACAACAAUAAAAAAAAUUACAAACAGUGAAAAGUUUACAUCCGCCUGACCGGAACUCGAUGCCCUACAAUCGUCUGCCUGUCUGCCAAGCGUACCGUGUGAAUUAUUCGUUGUUUCCCUCGAUUUUCGUGAAUCGUGGUGUAGGUUUUUUUUUGUUUCGUUAGCUGGUCCUCUGAAUUAUUGAUGGUAGCGAUUUCGUUUUUUCGUGUUUUCGGAAAAUUAUUGUGGCUUGAAAAUACAAUUGCUGGCUGCCCCCCCAAACAACAACACCCCGGAUUGGAUAACUGAAACGCGCACGUUUCUGUGGUUGUGUUUGUGAGUGCGUAUGUGAGCGCGUUUGCGGAAAAGUUUUCUGCCAAUUCUGUAACCGCGUAUCCGCGUUGAAAGAAUCUCUGCGGUCGCCAUCGACCGAGGGCAGCAGCGGAAUCAAUCGAAGGAAGUGGAAUUGUUGCAGAGCUGGAAUUGGUUUCAAGCGAAAAAAAAAGUGUGGUUUUUGUUUUGUGGAAUAAAAAAAAAAACUAGCUUCAAAACCGCGGAAUGGCGCUGGGAACUGAUCGACUCGUGCCGCUCUCGAUCUAUCGGCUUGAAAAACUUACAACUAACUAUAUACAAUCACACCACCUCAAUAAACAGUUGAGUGUACCGUUAAAGUUUGUUAAACACCAAAUAAACAGAUAACCACUAAUCAAAAAAGCAGUUAAAAAUCAAACUAAGCGGAAUAUUAAACCAAAAUAAAUACUAGUUACUACCACUAUUAUUACAAUUAAAAUCAAGUUGUUCGAAGUAAACAAAAUAUAGUUAAAUCGUUAAACGAAAUAAAAUCGAAUAAUCGAAAAUAGUUAAAGGAGAAAAAAAAACCGCCUCCAGGUGUAACAACUCAGUAAAUCAAAACAAAACAAAGCAAGCCAAAAUAUUGAAUAAUAUCAACAAUCAAUAUCCAACUCCACCCCCACCUAUCCACAUCAUACACGCACACAGAUCGAGUCGGAUCGACGCCGCUGCCGCAGCCGCCAACAGCCGCCAUCGUAUGACCGGUGUCGUACACCACUAGCCACUAGUGCCGCCGCUAUAACAACAAAGGAACGACUUCGACGACGACGACUACGAUGGAACUGGUCACAACGACAGCCACCCUAGCGCUGAUGCUAACCCUGUUGGCCCUGAUGCUGUUGCUACCAUACCACGGAGUAGCCGCCGCACUAACCUCCGAUCUGACCGCCUCGAUCAACGGACUGCAGGUGCUGUACCGGUUCGGGGCACUGGCAAGCCGGCGACUGCUGCUAACCCUACCGUCGACGGUGCUGACACUUGCGGUCAGCUGGAUGCUGGUACCACUGCCAGUGGUUCAGGGUGGUUACCACGAAAAGCGUCUACUGCACCAUCUGCUGGAUAGUUACAAUGUACUGGAGCGGCCGGUGGUUAAUGAGUCCGAUCCACUGCAGCUCAGCUUCGGUUUGACGCUGAUGCAGAUUAUCGAUGUGGACGAAAAGAAUCAACUGCUGAUCACCAACAUUUGGCUGAAAUUGGAAUGGAACGACAUGAACGUCCGGUGGAACUCGUCCGAGUACGGAGGCGUGCGGGAUUUGCGGAUACCACCGCACCGGCUGUGGAAGCCGGAUGUUCUGAUGUACAACAGCGCCGACGAAGGCUUCGAUGGAACCUACCCGACGAACGUGGUCGUCCGGAACAAUGGUUCCUGUCUGUACGUGCCGCCCGGUAUCUUCAAGUCGACCUGUAAAAUCGACAUCACCUGGUUCCCGUUCGAUGACCAGCGGUGCGAGAUGAAGUUUGGCUCGUGGACCUACGAUGGUUUUCAGCUAGACUUGCAGCUCCAGGACGAAGCCGGUGGCGAUAUCAGCAGUUUCAUAACGAACGGCGAGUGGGAACUGUUAGGCGUCCCCGGUAAGCGAAACGAAAUCUACUACAACUGCUGCCCGGAGCCGUACAUCGACAUUACGUUCGCGAUUCUGAUCCGGCGGAAGACGUUGUACUACUUCUUCAAUCUGAUCGUACCGUGCGUGCUGAUCGCGUCGAUGGCUCUCCUUGGUUUCACACUGCCACCGGACUCCGGCGAGAAGCUGUCGCUCGGGGUCACCAUUCUGCUGUCACUCACUGUCUUCCUUAACAUGGUGGCGGAAACCAUGCCGGCCACUUCGGAUGCUGUGCCUCUGUUAGGAACCUAUUUCAAUUGCAUCAUGUUCAUGGUGGCCUCAUCGGUGGUGUCCACAAUUCUUAUCCUGAACUAUCACCAUCGGAACGCGGAAACGCACGUAAUGUCGGACUGGAUUCGGGUAGUGUUCCUAUCCUGGCUGCCAUGCAUCCUGCGGAUGACCCGACCCGGGGAACCCUUCCCGCAUCCGUGCCGUCAGUCGGAGGAUGAGAAGAACAAGCAACUGCAGGAGGUGGAAAUGCGUGAAAGAUCCUCGAAAUCGUUGCUCGCGAACGUACUGGACAUUGACGACGACUACCGGUGCAAUCACCGGUGCAAUACACUGCCCCACAAUCCGACCUACUACCGGACACUGUACCGCCAGGGGGACGACGGGAGUGUCGGCGUGUUGACGGGGGCUGGCGGCGGAACGGACACGAUCGGUCGCAGCGGUGGCCUCGGAACGAUCAGUGCCGCUGGGGGUGGCCGCCUGCACGAAACAGUGUCCUCGCAUACCUGUCUCAGCUCCUCGGCCGAGUACGAGCUGGCGCUGAUACUGAAGGAGUUGCGGUACAUCACCGAUCAGCUCCGCAAGGAGGACGAAAAUGGCGAGGUGACCCGGGACUGGAAGUUUGCCGCCAUGGUGGUCGACCGUUUGUGCCUUAUCAUCUUCACCCUGUUCACGCUCAUCGCGACGCUGGCUGUACUCUUUUCAGCGCCUAAUUUUAUCUUCUCAUAACAACCAUCAUCAACAACAACCGCAGCCACAGCAGCACCAGUUACGACAGCAGCCACAUCCUUUCCAACAACAACAACGCCGACGACAACAAACCCAGCCUACGCCGGAGACAACAACGCUCACAUUGAGAUCGUUCCAAUUCUGCGCUCGCCCGGAGAUGGCGGUGGCGGCACGGUGGACGAUCCGACCUCGUGGAUUCUUCUCGGGGGAACACUGGCCCUGGUGGUUCUGGUGGUGACUUUGGCCUCCGUUGCACUCCUGCUGGCGGUUCUGGUGCUGCUGGGCAAUGGGACACUCACUCAACUGUUUGCGGUGACUGAUUAUAAGUUAAGAAAAUAUGUUCAAAUUUUCGUGAAAAGUUUUAAAUUAAUGAACGAUGCGUAAACAAAACAACUUCGGACAACCGUAGGCGAUCGGAGAUAGAAUGGGCGUUAGACGUAGGGCGAAAGUAUGUAGAACAUCAAAGCAGGCCGUUUUUUAUCGAACAGAAUAGUUUCCUCGGUAACGUCAUGCAAUGUGAGUAGUUUUCUCUACUUUUUAAAACGUUUCCUUUUUGUAAGUGGUUUAGACGAAACGUAGGACACGUGUAAUUGACUGUUUAUCAGUUUAGAUAAGUUGACUUCGAACUAGAACAAAAUGUGGAAUGGGAAGCGAUGAACGAAAAUCAUAGCAAGUUACUUGAUUCAAUCCGGUUUCUAUAUUUACAUCAAAACUAACAUUGAAUGUACAUAACUGAUAGAUUUUAUUAGAGCACCCCGCAUCAGCUCCCGGCGACGUACGGCUUGCAAAGGUUUGUCCGUGAUCAACUGUCAAACUUCUCCAGGCCUGCUGAGACAGUGCAAUUCUUCCGGUGGAAUGUAAAUAAUUUUAAACCGUGCAUUCACCAUUCUCAAACUUCAUACUUUCAUAGCUUUGUUACGUUUCGACACUAGGCAAGUUCCCCCGUGCUAACUCACUACACGAGUAGUACUAAAAUUCUACCGAAACUUUCGGAAACACUCUCGCGAAACUGCUUGUGAGAAAAAAUAAAAGCAGUGGAGCGUUGAGAAAGAGAAUAAAACACAAGAGUCGCAGCAAACUUAUUGAAGACAUUAGUUAAUAAUGACUAAACUAAUUAGUGAAGUUUUAUACGUAAGUGAUCUUUUUUAUACGAACAAGAAAAAAUAUGGCAAGUUAAUCAAACUGUUGACGGAUGGGCGACGAUUAACGGAGUGAGGAAGAAGCAAAAAAAACUAGCUAAUAUGUAGGUUGUUGAAUAUUAUGCCAUAAGGUAAGGAUAGUUUAGUUAUGUUACGCUGAGAAUUUGCUAGUCAAGUUGCAUAGGAAAUACUAGGAAGCUAAGAACGAAAGCAUAGGGCAGAACGCUGCUCUACGAUUAGCUGCUUGCAAUCGAAUCAAAACAGUCAAUAAAUCAAAAAAUAGGGUUAAAAAUUAAUUGAGAAUCGAACAUGGAAACUGGGUUGUGGCCGGGUGGAUCAGUGCUGUACUCGUUUCGAAAGCGAACGAGUAUGCGCUAAAGCGAAUAAUUAAGAAUUGUUUGAAAUUUACAGUUGGGUUAAAUCUGCGAUAUUUUUGUUUUUAAAACCGUGCGAUGGAUGAAAAACGUCUAAUUUCGACAGAAGAAUUAUAAUAGUAGAGAAUGUUCUGAGACACAUCCAAAGUAGCAUUUGUAACAAGCAACGACUACGAUUAGUUGCAUAAGCAUAAGCUUUUACACGUUCGCUUUUUUGGUUGCUAAACCACCUCAAUAAUCGUUGCCGUAUACCUUUAUGUGACGAAUUAUGUUGCUCAAACUGCUAGUCAACAACCGGUGUUUCUUGGGAUAGACACGCCUGCAGACUUAACCCAUUCUAAUGAGUAGCCGCUACAAGCAAACGGCUCGUAGUCUGAUUUUGUCGCUCUUUUGCACUUCGUAUCACACGAACUACUGUUGUUAUUUACAUUGGGUAGUAUCCUGUUUAUUUUGCUUCAUGGGUCUGCUGGAUGCCUUACCUCCCACAUUUCGCAUCUUCAUGUUGUGAGAAACCGUCUGCUACUUAUUUUCAGAUUGAUUUUUGUUGAAUCAACGUUUUUCGAACAAAAUACCUCAAUAAAUAUGCAAGCGAAAGCACAUACGCUCUACUAAAACCUUACAACCAAGUCGAAAUGGCUGUUCUAGCUGCUCCAAAGUAUUGAAAUAAGUAAACAAGGAAAGCCUUAGUUCUACAAGGCUAUCUCGGUAAACCAAACUCGAGUUGAAUCUGUUUCCGCCACCGAUAAAUUCAUUCUACUAUCUGUUGCAGAUAAGGUUUUAGCCAGUACUUGGGCUCAGUUUUUAUUUACUCGGCUGACCCUUUGUGCCAGGGCGGCACAAUAGCGUCCUCCAAUAAGUUCGAGGUUUUUACAAACAAACAAUAAAAGUAAACAAAAAUAAUCACUUAACCGACUUAUAUUCACUGCACGCUGAUCUACGGCUGCUGUUCAAUGGGACGGCUGGGUGGUAUCUUCCGACCGGCCAGAACAGCAACGAUCGAAUUCAUCCCCGCAUUAUCGUUGAUUGUUCCGAAAGCGGCCCUUUACUUCUUUUCAAUGAAGUGGGUCAGACUCAGCUAUUCGAACCUCGGAUCCUAGCAACGGUGACGAAAUAUCGUGGGAUCGACCUGAUCGCAGCUAGCGAUCCAAGAAGUCUUAUUUGUCUCGCUGAGCGCUUAUUCUCAACAACGAGAACAGAUGGCGACCCAAGAUCGAGCAAUAUGGAAAUUUGGAAUAUAUUCGGUCAAGAACACCUGGAUAACUCGACCACGAUGGUGGUGGUGAUCAUGAUGACAACUGGUGGUACUUCGGGAUACUUGAUAUUUAACCGGGAACGCAUCGCAUCCUAUAUUGUGGUUGGAAGUUGUCCUGAAACAUCUUCUCUUCUGCCCUGAGCUUAUCGCACAAAUUUGACCAAGAGUUGAGUUGCAUAGACGUCCUGAGACCUUACCAGAGUGACCCUGAACUUGACAAUGAAAAGGUACACUGUUCAAGGUUCUUCAGCACAAAUCGAUGAAAAUUGCAGACUCCAAAGUAACGUCGAACCCGUGAACCCGAACCCAAAGCCCGAAUGUGAAACAAAACGUGAAAUUCCAAAAAGCAGAUGCUGAUAGCUUCUGAUUACUGCAAUUUGUAAGCGAAUCCGUUAGUCACAGGUCCUGCAUAAGUGAGCCGGUGAAUUGUUCGCAGCUAACGGAAACUGAAAUAGUCAACAUAGAAGUCGUGGCGUACAACGGUAUCCGUCAGUGGAAAAUUUUGCACUUCAUUGUUGACAAGCUAGUUACCAGAAACGGAGAACUACAUGUGCCGUAGAGGACGGUGCGGAAUUGGUGAUUCUUCAAUCUUCACCAAAUGCGCUGAGGCAGGUAUAGAAGAUAUUCACCUUUUUAUGCUCGUCAAGGUUUCUAUUUUAGGCAUCUACACUUAACCCACGUUGUCGCUGCAAGCACACAGCUCCUAACCCAAUUCAGGGUGUCUGUGGUUCCUUAAUAUUCCACAUCGAACCCAGCCGUCCCUAGACCCUCAAGAUUCCUUGAUAAGGUCAGGAUGAUUGCAAUAUCUACGGUGGAAAAUACAGAAGACAGAAGGGGAAACUAAAUAGUUCUAAUACCGCUCAGCCCUAUGCCGAUUUUGUUGCCCGUUCUCGAGCCACCGGCAUCGACGAUCGAUGAGUUUGUAGUAGGCUGUCUGUACCACUUAACGGACCUGCCUUCUGGUAAAGCAUUUCGAGACCUCUGAACAACUCUGCUCUGAUCUGUGCAGUCUAAACAUGGUAUCUUUGGAAUCUGGUUCCGCAGCUAUGAGUUAGGAACCAUGAGCUCUGGGACUCUUGAUGCAGUCUGUGUCACUUCCUAGCCGGACUGACUUGGUGACGGCGCGAACGAUGAUGGUAGCGGGGAUCGCGAGUACUCUUGGUGAAAAGUCUUGGCUGUCUCUAUCUCCGAGGGAUCUCCACGAAAACUUCCCAAGAGAGCAACGGAUGAAAGGCAAACAAUUUGGUGCCCUACCAUACAACCAUCGACCUUAGCACUGAUACUUCUUGCCAGUAUGCUACGUAGCAGUUUAGCUGCGAAGUGAAAGAAAUCGUGAUUCAGCUCGGCGAUAAAAUCUAGAUUAAGCCCUCGGUAUUCUGGUCGAUCAAUUCUUUGUCGUCAUAGAUGGGGUUAAGUAUUCAGACAUCACCAAUGUUCAAAACUUGCUACCGUGCACGGCUGACUACUAUGGACUGAGAUUGUAGUGCGAAUGUGGGAAUAUCGACCCCCCAAAAUUGUGUUCACUGACGAUUCUGAAAGAGGUCGUCGACUUCGGGGGAGAGGAGUUCCGCAAUAUCAACGGAGUGCCGCGAGGCUCAGUGCUAGUCGUGACAUUAUUCCUCCUCAGGAUAAACUCGCUCUUCGCAGCGCUCUCCGGAGGUAUCCACGUGUCUGUUUACUCCGACGACACCAUCCUGGUGGCCCUGGGGAAAACCAUCAUGCGUAUCCAGAUGUCAAUACAGGCGGCCGUCAACGCCGUUGGCCGAUGAUCACUCGCAACAGAAUUCAAUAUCUCCACCGAAAAAUGCGCUAUCACUCAUUGCUGCGGCACUCACUGCCUAGCCAACUCCAGGCCACUCCGCCUGAACGACACUAUUGUACCCUUUCGGAAGGAACCAGUCAUCCUCGGAGUCACCAUCGAUAGGAAACUUACGUUGACACCCCAUUUCCGUCGAAUAAAAAAGGAAAAAACGGCUGGUCCGCUCUAUCUGCUCCCAGCGCCCCAAAAAUAAUAGCAGGACAGCUAAAUAUUUUACGGGAUCGAACUUACGUGCCGAAAUUUAGACGGGCUCUCCACUAUCCUCGGGCCACUAUACGGAACGGUUAACCGCCGUAUAGUAAAGCAUCCCUUCCGAAGCAGGCUGCGUUAAGGCCGGAGUACAUCCGUGACGCUGGGAAGCAGCCAGUGUAACUCUCAAACGGGCGCUAAACUUCCUCGAGCAGACAGCGGGCGACGAAUGUGACCUUCUUACCAUCGCAACCAAGAUCCCCCAAGAGUUCCCCAAUAAGCCCUUCUCAACCAUCACCCGGCUGCAUUGCGUAAGACCACGACCCUGGACCGAACAUCGACGACAGCCUCACUUUCACAAUAAUGAUCGAUGAAUCCCCCGAGUAGCAUUAUGUCAAAAUACAGGACGUCAACCGAACGUACCAACAACACCUCAAAGUAUAUACUGACGGCUCCAAGGCGGACGAUGGCGUUAGAGCGGGAAUCAGCGGACUGGGUAGAGGGCUCUUCUUCCGCCUUCCCUCUCCUGCUCAGUUUUCAAGGCGGAACCGGCAGCCAUUGCGGGGGCAAUGGCCAUAAGGAGCACAGACGAACCAACGGUUAUUUUCGCUGACUCCUUGUCAAUCUUGAGGGACAUCGUAUCCGGAACGACCACUCACACCUAUGUAAAGCCCAUCGAGCGCCACUGGUUACACUGUGCUGGAUCCUUGGCCACAGCGGUAUCAUAGGGAACAUAGAUGCUGAUCAGCUAGCACCACACGGGAAACGAACCCGAACCCGUCACCCCAACAGCCGACAUCUACGGAGAUUUCAACACGAACAUUCACCAACCACUGGCCGAGAUCCCAAAGCUACACACAGGACCGCCCGAGUAAACUCGAAGGAGCAAAGGAUACUCUUCCGGCUCCUGGUGGAACACACUAGAGUAACCGACGCCCACACCAAUACCGAAUUGCGUCCCUUGUAGCACCCGACUCUCUUUCGGACACCUCCUCUGCAACUGCCGGGAAGACCUCCGACGACAAUAUAAACUGGUGGAAUCAAUACGGGACGUACUGGCCAACAACCCGGUGCGGGAGGAGGUACUUCUCCUAUUUCCAAAGGACACCGGCCUGUACGACCGUAUUUAAGGCAACACGACCGAACGUUUCCUGCGGUCUAGAUCAGCCAAAAGCUAUCAACUCCACUAUCCGUGAAAACCCGACCAACUGUAGGUCCUCUGCCACAACCUCUACCGGGGGCUGGAGAGGUUCCCCACGACCCAGAUCAGCCAAAACCGGUUUCUUCGAACAUAUCCAAGCAGGAACACACCAUGACCGCAUUACCAAUAGGCCCUAUACCACACCCUCCCGGUGCUGGAGAGGUCGCCCUUGGUCUGACGCAGUCACCAGAGAGAAAACUACAACCAAAGCGCGGCGCUGAUCUCUGGAUUCUGAACCUUUACCCCUCUAACACGGCAACUUUCUUCAUAUUUCAUCCGUUGAGGAAUGGAAGUAGAUUAGACCACGAUAGUCACUCCAACUAAACGAAGAGUCCGGAUGGUUGAAUUCAACGCCGGCCGUCGCGAUUUCAUCGGAGGGUCUAUUUUAUAGGUGACCUCGAUCGGGUAGUGAUCUAGAACAAAUCGUUAGCUCUAUGGGGGUUAUUGUGCCUCUAGCGAAGGUUACUCUAUGAUCACAUAAAUUUCAUUUCCGAGACAGUUGGGAUGUCCGGACUGGUAAGGCUUUGUGGUGAGCGUUUAUAUCUUCCAUGACGACGAACGGAGGUGGUUAGAUCUUUCUUCCCAAAGAUCACCGACCGGGGUUUGGUGACCAUCAAUGUAUUCCUUUUCAUGUUGUGGGAGGGGAACGAAGUUUUGUAGGAAGAGCUGUUCCAGUCGGUUCCAGCAAGAGGUCUCUCUGGACAGACCAAAGGUCCUUGGGCAGUAACCUCCCAGAUUUUCAUUUUGAACCACGAACUCUGCACAUAGAAAUCUCAUCGCUGCACUUGGCACGUUGAAUUCAGUAUUCUAGUCUCUGACAGUAACCGUAGUCUCUGGACUAUGGACACUGACCUUCCAAUUCAGCAUUUUCAACCGUGACUUUGAACUCUUGUCCCUGGAAAUCGGGAAAAUAAACUCUAAACUUUGAGCUUCGAAAGCUAAUCCCUGGACUCCAAGGUUCUGGUCUCUGCAAGCUGACUUUAGGGCUACGAGGUCCGGAGAUUUGCUACGACCUUGGGCGUCACGAUCUGGAACACAGAACUAGACUUGAGUUUUAGGAACCCAGAACUUUCGACUUUGCAUCUAGGCUCCGCAUUCUUGACUAGAGUCUAGCGGUGAUAUCUGGGGUCAAGGAACUGAUUUCAAAUCCCUGGAUACAUUUUGAAGCGUAAACACUUUGGCUCGGUUCUUGUGUCCAUACAACAUACAACAUUACCGUUCAGUUGUCGUCUACGGCCUUAAGAAUCUGAUUUCUACGACGGUUUGGAAGGAAAUCUGUGCAGUGAACUAUGAUCUGUGGACUCCGAUAUCUUAACUCUGGACUAUGAAACUUGAAUAUUGGGGCCUGAGCUCACAUUUUUUUCUAUGUCUUUUAGUCUCAGUACUUUGCAUUCUGGACUCGAGACUUGGAAAUUGAGACCCUUGGACUCUGCACACUGAGCUCUAUAUUUUAGACUCUAGAGUCCGUAUUCGGGACUGGGAUCUAGCAUUCUGGCCCGAUGGUCUGUGAAUUCUAAACUCGGCACUCUAAAAUCUGAACCAUGGAAUAUAGACUCUACGCUCUGAUGUCCGGACUUUGGUCUGCGGGUUAUUAUUUCUGGAUUUUAGGAAUCUGCUAGACUAGGAUCUGAUUUGACUCUGGACGGUUUCUACUGCAGUUUUCUUCUUCACCAACAUGUCGGCCUUAAGAAUCCCAAUGCUACGGUGGUUGCGACGUCCUAACCCCAAGGCUGGGUAUUGAAUAUUUUUAGCUCAUUUUUAGGUUACAUCUUCCUUCCCAAAUAUGGCAGCCCACUGGUGUUCAGAGUUCAAAGGAGGUCCUGGACGAACCACCAAUACAAUCAGAAGGCGCUGUUUCCAGUUCGCCGUGGGAGUACUCCUGAUGCAGGACAAAAUUUUGUGGAAACUUAGCUGUUCCAGUCCGCUUCUUAGUCGGUCGAACAUCGGCAAAGCGUAGUCGUUGGGGAUCGAGACUUCGUUCAUAUAAUGGUCGCUGUUACGUAGUCCUCCGAGGACAGACCAAAGACAGUCGGCGACAAAGCUGGUCGAAUCUUUUUCCCAAACAUGGUUGCCGAUCGGGGUUUUGUAGAGUCCAGAGGGUUCGAGGGUGUCUUGGCGGAUCACCAAAGUAGUCCAAGCUAUUCUAUAAGGCCCCUUAGUAGAUCCAAAACCGGCGUCACAAUGUCGUCAAAGAAUCGCUGUUGCAAAGGUCUCUAGGGCAAACCAAAGGCAGUUGGUGGUCAUGGUUCUGAAACGUCUAGCGUAGCCGUAAGCGUAUCCGUAAUUCAAUACUAUCGCUCAGUACUUCUCAACGGCCUUAGGAAUCUCAUUGUCAUGGCGGUUGGAGUGCUCUGACCCACUGGCUAGGUAGUGGGCGUUAAUACCCUCCGUAAUGAAGAAACGUGGGUGGAAUUUGCGGCACUAUAGUUUUUUUCACAUUCAGUGUCACGUAUUGUACACAAAAAGAGUAGCUUGAUUCAUCUAGACCUUCUACUCUGGUAACCAGUAUCUAACCAUUUGUAAUUUAUUAACUCACACUGGUAUCGGCUCUCGAGUCACACAGACCAAUCGACACUUUUUAAUAUCUGCGUGUCCUGGAUAGCCAGGCCGACUGUACAAUGACCUGGAUGUUUUUUUAACCGUGGGCAUUCAAUUAGAUGACCAGCGAGUUGAGGUUCGAACGAUAGAUUGCUGUUGAUUCGGACUAUCUACUAGUGACAUUUGUCACGCCAUUGUCGAUGGUUUCUGAACACAUGAAUGCCUGAUAUUUACUCUAUCCUUCCACGGUCGGGUUUGCCACUGGAUGGUCCCUCCCAAGUGGCAACGAGUCAUCUGCAAACUUUAUAGCGAAUAUUGCGCCGUCCUUAGAGGUACACUCAAGUUCGCAUUAUUGGAUCUAUUUUAUUUAUUAUUGAAGCACAUGCGUUGUUUAGCAUCCAAACUCUAGAAUAUUUUGUUUUGGUUUUAAGGACAACAUACAAGCGAGCCACAACAUAUCUCCAACGCCACAUACCCCUCUCCAGUGCCUACCCAUGUAUCUGACAUGAGCAAAUAUAAAAAUACGUUUUUCAACACACUAACCUUGCCACGAAACUGCUACUUGAGGAAGCUAGAACAUUUUCCUACAAAAUCAACCCGAGUUUUGGACGAAAUGCCAUCUGUAGUUCUUAUUUUGUGCGAAAAUAUCACUCUUCUUCACUUGGGGUUUCUUUUCGAAACACUCUUAUUUUUCUUCUCACUUUCAUUGCACUUUUUCAAAUGCACUUUAAUCUCACACCACUGCAAAAAACACCCGCGAAACUUCAAUCGUUUACUAACAAAACUUCAAAUUUGCUGGCACUGUGCAGAUGACCGCAGGAAAAUGUCGGAAACUCUCAUUUGCGCGCUUGAAUUUUCACUUCGAAUUCCAUUUUUCCUCAAUGUAAACAAGCGAGUCGGUGCCUAGCAACAAGCGUGCGUUCCUGGCUUCCACAUAUCUUCCCUAAUGAAAAAUUUCUUUUCCAUACACUGCUUACUGCGAUCUGUGUUUUUCGUACACUCAACGAUGGCGACACGUUUGUAGCGCAAUGCUCUCAGUUACCCGAGCAGAAACGUUUCAAAUAUUGGCAGCAUCGCCAACAAAAAUUGAAAAACUCACACUACUGAAAUGCAAAGAUUCAAAUGGCACACUACAGUUUCGAUGUUCGAUCUAUAUCUGGCAUAAGUUGUUGAAUACAGAAAUAUUGUUGAAACGAAAACACAAUAAUCCAAACAUUGCAAAAUAGUCGCUUAAUCAAUAAAAUCAAUUCGCAAACACGUCGAACCGGGGUUCAAUUUCGUAAAUGUCAGCCGUGUAGGAAAGGGUAAAAACCGGCUCCUACGAUGAAUAUAAAAUAUUCUUGAAUAGCUUUUCAACAUGGCCGACGUUUGUCCAACGGAAAGAUGAAUCCUAGAUUGGCGUCACUCACAGACUGCCACUCGCACGACUACAAUGAAGCUUCUUCCCAAAAAAAACCAAAAGAAGAACUUAAAGUUUGCAACAAAAAAACCAAAACGCAGACAUACAACAAACGACUUAACCACGAUCAUAACGGUGGUGUUUGGGGUAAGAAAAAUGCUGUGAUAAAAAGUAUCUUCGUACGCGAAACAAUACAGAAAAAAUUGUUAUUCACCACAAGCAAACUUAAUAACGAAAUGAAGUAAAAAAAAAACUGGUUGUUAGAACUUCACACGGCAAAUGAUAACAGACAAGCAAAUCACUAAAGAACCGUUCAUCUUAAAAAAAACGAUAACUAAGUACAGUAACCAUCCCGUAUAAAGGCAAGACCGAUAACAGAAACGGAAAUAAAAUCUAAAAAGCAUUAAGCAGCAUAAAAUCCAAUCGACUAAAGAUAAUUGUGUAAAUAAAUUAAUAGUUGAAAAAAUACAAACGACGAGAGAAGCAGAUCAAAUCGUUAUUUUUAUACACACAUAUACCAAAGUGGAAAUGUCAAAUUGAACACUUUCCAUGAUAGAAAUAAAAAAAAAUCAGAUUCUACAAAGUAACCAGUUCGAUAUGAGCGAAAAAAAAACAAAACCAGUAGGCGUAUGUUUGAGCGCGAUUAGUGACACUUCGAGCGACAAGACACUAACUCGAACUCAUUUUUUGUACUCCCAGUAUCAAAACAAUAGGGUAAUAAACAGUAAGGAUUAAACUUUAUAAAUAAAACAGAAACUCAUUGCGGGCGGCAGUCAGUCAAUCUGCCGAGCGCCAAUGAGAUAAAAAGCGAUCGAUAAGAGUAACACUAACACUAAUGUAUAGGUGAGACUAGGCUGAAAUAGGCACGGGUUUCGGUUUCAAUUCAUCCGAACGAGUUUUUGAUUGUUAUUUCUCUCAUACACCACACGCUAAAUUCCCCUUCAUUGAGCUUGAUUCUCUCUGUUUGCAGUAGCUGUGUAAAGUUGGUUACCAAUUAGGAAAACGUCUGCCCGCCCUAUUUAUUUAUGUAUGCCACAGCUCAUCAAAUGCUGUUGUUAGGUUAGAUUAGAUAAACGAAACAAACAAGAAAAACUACUUUACAAAGAGAAACACGUUGUUACGUUUGUAGUGAACAGGUAACAAAAAUGCAAGAACAAAAAAAAACAAUUACACACGAAAAAUCGUCUUCCUACAUAAACAAAAAAUAAAUUGUUUAACCAAAAAAUGAACUUUUUCACUCACAUACUCAUGCUCUAAGCGAGCAGCGCAAUUUUUAUAGCAAACGCUCUAAUACUCGGCUUUUCUGACAUUUUUUUCCGAAUUUGGUUCUUACAAUUCGAUUGUUUCGCUAUUUUGCCUGGUUUUGGCGAUUUUCACCCCGAAAAAAAAAUUUCGAUGGUCAAUUAUUGUAAAGUAUUCUACUUUCCUAAUCAAUUUUACUAGACAUUUUUAAUCUACAAGUACUGUAUAGUUGAAGCGUAAUUAAUACAAACUAAAUUGUAAUUAUAAACGAAAACAAAAAAAACGAGAAAAGAGUAAAGCAUGAAUAUCUAAACAAUUAAACAAAAAUCAAGUGAACGCUGAAAACAAGCAAGACAAAACAUCGUAGUGCCAAACAUACAUCCCACACACACAGACGUACACGUACACACAAAAACACACGACGCUGAGUCGUCGGUUUGUGAUUCGGGCGCCCCCGUGUGUGAGUAAAAAAACGGUGAUAUUGUUAGAACAUAUUUACGCUAAAAGCUAGCUCUUAAGACGCAAACUAAACUAACUGCAUCCGACACUGGACGCGCCAGUAUCGGGCAAUUGGUAGAUUCUUAUAUAUUAGGCUCUCUAAGCUAGAACGAGAAGCCGUAAGGUAAACAAAACAGAAACUCAUAACCUACACUUCCGAUAGCAGUGAAAAAAAACAAACAAGAACCCUACCUACAAUCAUUACACGCAUACUACUACAGAUCAAACACUCUCUUAACUACUUACUAGAUCGUUGAAAUUAUACUUCUAUAUAACUGAAAACAAGCACACAGCGAUCCAAGCAAGCUUGGAUCACACACUCACAGGCACGUUCAAAUAUUAAAAACUGAUUGCUUCAAAGUACACACCCGGCACACACACUCACUACGCAACCGCAGUAGGCUUUGAAUUGUUUCGUUUCCGUUUUACUUAGGCUUUAUGCAAACCACGUGCUCGCGAAAACUGAGCCGUACAAGGAAUUGCUUCCCGUGUUAAAAAAAACUUUGUUUGUUCUUUAACCAAUUGUUACACGCAACACACAAACAAACAUACUCUAUUUCUGAAACAUACACAAAAACACACACACUGAUACACACGUUCUAAAACGCAACUGAAAACGUUUCAGACAAUAUCAAUUGAAGUCAGGCUUCGCACCUUUUUCCUACUAAUACAAUAUGCAAACAAUGCAAAAAAAAUGCAGUUUAGGCGAAUUCAGUCGUUGAAUAGAGGAAAUAAAAAAUAAACAAAAGAAAAUUGUUUACUCCACCUAGGUGAAAAAAAAUGUUAUAGGUAUUUACUAAUUAUAGAGCUCGUUUUAUACAAAAAUAAAAUAAUGAAAAAAUCUACUAAGGAUAACUUUUAAAAAAAACAAGUAAACUUUCGAUAAACAAUGGGAACGGUAUUCGUUCGGAGGCUGGCAACUAAUACGAUUGUGUGAAGUGAAAUGUGAUUGGCGUCGAGCGAUGGUCACGUUGUAGCAGGCGCUGAAUCUGGCGAAUUGACAGGAGAAUGCCGCGGAACGUGUCGUUGCCACUAGCAACAACUCUCUAGGAUGAUCUUUUAAAAUAAAACACACACACAUGCACUCGCCGCACUCCCACGCAUAUACACGCACACAGACACACUGUCACCUUUUUCCCCUAUACAUGCUCGCAACACGCUCUCACACGAAAUAAAACACUCACACUAACUCUUUUAAACGGACACGAGAACAUGGUCAGUUAACCUAAAUAAAUUGUAGCAGAAUUAAGUAAUCAAUUUAAUGAAUUUGACUAUUAAAUCUAAAGAAGAAAAAAAAAUCGCUAAUGAAACGAAUAAUAUUUAAAAUAAACUAAAGAAAAACCACAGAAAAACUCUUCCCAUUGACUUUUCAGAGUUUGAUUAUAUAAAUUACAAAACAAAACAACUAGAUUGAAACGUGCAAUACUCUUCCGCAAGGCGACCGCUCGGUCGCUAGGGGCGAAAACGAAAACAAAAACCUUCCCCCCCACCCCUAACCCUUUCAAAACCAAUCAAAUGUGGAAUAAAGCAAUUCUGUUCAAUAAUACCACAAAUCCUAGCGAAACGGCGAAUAAACUGAAAAUCCAUGGCACACUAUAACCAAGAGCAAAUAACAAAAAAAACAACAACAACAAAACAUGAAACACGCAAUUAUCACCAAUAAUAAUAAUAACAAAUAGAGCAACAAGAUCAAACAAAACUAUCAGAGGAAACCCCCUAAGAGACAGUAGCAGCAGCAGCCAAGCAUCAAACGAAACGAGUGCGCAAAGUGGAACGUAGAAGAAACCUUUGAAUGGGCAGUGAGGGAAGUGUUGUAUACACUCGGAACAGAGGGCAGAGAACAGAACGAUCAGCACGUGAAAACGCAUUGCAGAGAACUCAAAAUUACGAUAAUAAAAUUCAAUCAUUACAUUUUAAAAUGUUCAAGAA